GGGUUUGCAGAGCACCCGCCUUCCUUAAGCCACCAGCUCGUCUCUUAUCAGAUCUCGUCUCUGCAAGUUCUGCAUCGCUUCUCGCCGCCGCAAUCAUGGCAACUCAGAUGAGCAAAAAGCGAAAGUUCGUCGCUGAUGGAGUGUUCUUCGCUGAGCUGAACGAGGUUCUUACCAGAGAGCUCGCCGAGGACGGUUACUCCGGCGUCGAGGUUAGGGUUACGCCCAUGAGAACUGAGAUCAUAAUUAGAGCCACCAGAACUCAGAACGUUCUUGGUGAGAAGGGGAGGAGAAUCAGAGAGCUUACUUCUGUUGUGCAGAAGAGGUUCAAGUUCCCAGAGAACAGCGUGGAGCUUUACGCCGAGAAGGUGAACAACAGAGGGCUUUGCGCCAUUGCUCAGGCAGAGUCUCUUCGUUACAAGCUUCUCGGUGGUCUCGCUGUUCGUAGGGCCUGCUAUGGUGUUUUGAGAUUUGUUAUGGAAAGUGGAGCCAAGGGUUGUGAGGUUAUUGUCAGUGGAAAGCUCAGGGCACAGCGUGCCAAAUCAAUGAAAUUCAAGGAUGGAUACAUGAUCUCCUCUGGUCAGCCAGUUAAGGAAUACAUUGACUCUGCUGUCAGACACGUUCUUCUCAGACAGGGUGUUCUUGGAAUCAAGGUCAAGAUUAUGCUUGACUGGGAUCCCAAGGGAAAGCAGGGUCCUACAACUCCCCUACCUGAUGUUGUCACUAUCCACCCUCCCAAAGAGGAAGAUGAGUACCUUAGGUCAGCUCCUCUUUUGGCGCCCGCCGAUAUCGACCUCCCAGUCCCAGUUCCAGUUGCUUGAAUGAAAAGUCUUUCUUUGAUGUCUUGAACUAUCGAUGCAACGCUAUAUGUCUCUUGAAAUUUUGAUUUCUUAAUGCGGAGUUAGUUACUGAAGACAAAGGCAUAAUGUUUUUACAAGUCCUAGACGCUUCUGAAGUUUUGUUAUAAUUAAUUGUCUUUUUUGUUUCAUUAUUCCUUAAUGUUGAUCAUCAUUCCUUGGGUUAGUCUGUAA